UCUCAUGAAAAACAGAAAAAAGAAAACUUGUCUGUUGGCCUGCCCUGCCGGGUGGAGUUUAGAGAGAAGGUCAUCAGAGAGAAGGUCAGGAACCUGGUGCCAGCUCACAAAAAAACUCCAAAUACCAAAGGCCCCUUUUGCCUUUCAUUCUUGUAUUUUCUACACACUAAACUCACAUCUUGGGUUUGUAGAUUGCUCUCAGCUUGGCUGCAGCUGAGGUUCCCACCCUCAACCCCACCCCUUCCUUCCUGGAACUGAGCUAAGUCCCAGCCCUGACUCCAGAUCCCUCCCACAUUGAACCUUCAAAACCUUCAACUCCCCACACCGCGCCCACACUCAGCCCCUGCAGGCCAGGAGAGCACGAGGCCAGGCUCCAGAGAGCUCAGGAACAUGGAGCUGAACCAGUACACCACCCGCCAGCCUCUGGAGUAUGUGAAGGGGAUCCCGCUCAUCAAGUACUUUGCAGACGCACUGGGGCCCCUGGAGAGCUUCCAAGCCCUACCUGAUGACCUACUCAUCAACACCUACCCCAAGUCUGGCACUACCUGGGUGAGCCAAAUACUGGACAUGAUCUACCAGGGCGGUGACCUAGAGAAGUGUAACCGGGCUCCCAUCUACAUACGGGUGCCCUUCCUUGAGCUCAAUGAUCCAGGGGAUCCCUCAGGGCUGGAGACUCUGAAAGUCACACCAUCCCCACGCCUCAUCAAGUCACACCUACCCCUGGCCCUGCUCCCCCAGACUCUGUUGGAUCAGAAGAUCAAGGUGGUCUAUGUUGCCCGCAACGCAAAGGACGUGGCCGUCUCUUACUACCACUUCCACCGCAUGGAAAAGACACAUCCUGAGCCUGGGACCUGGGACAGCUUCCUGGAGAAGUUCAUGGCCGGAGAAGUGUCCUACGGGUCCUGGUACCAGCACGUGCAGGAGUGGUGGGAGCUGAGCCGCACACACCCUGUUCUCUACCUCUUCUAUGAAGACAUGAAGGAGGUGAGACCACCUGUGCUGCUGCCCUCCAUGGGACACCUGGGGACAGGCACCUCACAGGGACCCGCAAGGCCACCCAGUCCCCUCUCCAGGCAGCCCNUCAUGGACCACAGCAUCUCCCCCUUCAUGAGGAGAGGCACGGCUGGGGACUGGAAAACCACCUUCACUGUGGCGCAGAAUGAGCGCUUCGACCCGGACUAUGCAGAGAAAAUGGCAGGCUGCAGCCUCAGCUUCCGCUCCCAGCUGUGACAGGGCUCCCGGGGUCACUGCAGAGGGAGUGUGCGAGUCAAGCCUGACCACGGGGCUCAGGAAUAAAAUAUGAAUUGUGGGCCAGUGACAGUGGGUCAUGUCUGUAAUCCCAGCAAUUUGGAGGCUGAGGUAGGAGGAUCACUUGAGCCCAUGAGUUCAAGACCAACCUGGGCAACAUAGUGAGAUUCUGUUGCAAAAAGUAAUAAAAUAAAAUCAAUUUUUAAAAAGA